CCUUUCAACUUAGUUCCGAGUCCCAAAUCAUUCUUCUAUGUUGUGCUGAAAACAAAAUCUGUUCUUUAUAAAAUAUUCUCCUGCCAAUCCAAAGCUUUACAAGAGGAUUCAGAAAUGAACAAGUUGGGACAGAGCAAGCACUCAAGCAUUAGGAGCUCAGAAGAUGGCAACCUGAACAACAUAAGCCAAGCACCCUCAAGAUAUCAGAAAAUAAUGAAGCGUCUCAUAAAGCGUUACGUACUAAAAGCUCAGGUUGACAAGGAGAGUGAUGAAGUUAAUGAAGGAGAACUGAAGGAAAUUAAGCAGGACAUCUCAAGUCUGCGCUAUGAGCUUCUUGAGGAGAAAUCUCACAACACAGAAGACCUGGCGGAACUGAUCAGAAGGCUUGGAGAAAGACUUUCAUUUGAACCUAAGCAUCAGUAG